GGAAGAAGGCAAGGACGAAACUAUAUCAAGGAAGACAAGUUUGUGCAAUGGUGUUGACAAUUUUUCUUUUUUAAGUACAUUUUGCUUUCGUCCCAUCUGAGGUAUGAUUUAACGUUACCAACCGAUUAUUAUAACGAGAUUAAUUUAGCAGUUUGGAUCAGUAACAACACUAGAAUAACGAGGAACUGCUGGCGUCCUGAAAAUGCGUAACACUUACUAACUUUACCUGCUAAUAAUGUGUGUUUCUACACUAAAAACCACCCAAUUCAAGCUUUACAGAUGUAACAUAAGUGGAAAAGGCUGUCGGAUGUGCUGAUACAUUGACGCGUAUUCAAAUAGAUUCAGAUAAGUUCGAAAACAUUUUAUAAAUCAAACGAUAAAACAUGGCAUCGAGUACACACACACACACACACACACACACACACACACACAACAGUAUCACACAACGAGCUGAAAUAUGUUAGUUGAUGUCUUACCUUAAAGAAUACUUUUUAUUUUACAUCUAACAAGUGAAACGCGUUAGCUUUUAGGAUUUAGAUACGUCCUGAAAUGGACGGUGACGUGGCCGGAUGUUGGAAUGUGGUCCUGCUUGGGAAAACAGGAGCUGGGAAAAGUUUGUCAGGCAACACAAUCCUGGGAAGAGAUGUUUUUGUAUCAAUGAAAAGCUGCACUACAGUCACAACAGAUGUUGCUGUGGAGUUCUCAAAUGUUUCUGGUUUUCCAGUUACUGUUUACGACACACCAGGACUAUUUGAUAUCGAAAUGUGUGAAGAUGUUCUGCAGAUGAUAAAUGAGAAGGUCCUCCAGAAAUGUGCCUCAGGUCUGUGUGUGUUUUUGCUGGUCAUCAAAGCUGACAGAUUCACUGAGGAAGAGAGAAAAACUGUGGAGAAGAUUGAGAAGAUCCUGGGUCAAAAUCGUGUUGAUAAAACCUGGAUUCUGUUCACCAGAGGAGAUGAACUAGAGGAAGAAAACAUGACAAUACAGGAGUUCAUUAAUCAGUCUGAAGAACUGAAGACACUCGUGCAGAAAUAUGAGCACAGAUACCAUCUGUUCAACAACAAGAAGAAGAUGAAGAAAGAGGAGGAGGGACCGAGUGAACAAGUGAAGAUACUGUUCAGAAAAAUACUGAAGAAUUACCAUGACACAAUGGAAAUGGCAGCUACAAAACAAUUCAGACGGAUUGUUCUUCUGGGUAAAUCUGGUGUUGGUAAAAGUGCAGCUGGAAACACAAUCCUGGGACAGAAAGAGUUCACAUCUGUGAUGAGUAUGAAUUCAGUAACCAGUGAAUGUUCAGCAGCUCAGGCCACAGUUUCAGGCAGAUCUGUGUCUGUAGUCGACACUCCUGGAUUUUUUCACACUCAGAUGAAUCCUGAAGAGUUAAUGAUAGAGAUCAGCAGAAGUGUGUAUAUCUCCAGUCCUGGACCUCACGCUUUCCUCAUUGUGUUUCCUGUGAACCUGACAUUCACUGAACAUGAGCAGCAGAUUCCUCAGAUGAUUGAGCUGAUGUUUGGUGAAGAAGUGUUGAAAUACGCCAUCAUUCUCUUCACUCAUGGAGAUCUGCUGGAUGGAGAGUCUGUAGAAGGUGUAAUUGAGGAGCGUGAAGCUUUAAGACAUUUAGUAGAUCAGUGUGGAGGCAGAUAUCAGCUGUUCAAUAACAGAGAUGUGAAUAACAGACAGCAGGUGGAGGAUCUACUGCAGAAGAUUGACUUAAUGAUACUGCAGAAUGGAGGAGAACACUACAGUAACCAGAUGCUUAAAGAUGCGCAGAGAUUCAGAAGAGUGGAAGAAGAAAGGAGAUCAAGAGAAGAGGUUGAGAGACAGAGGUUGAGAGAACAGGCUGAGAGAGAAGAGGUUGAGAGACAAAGGUUGAGAGAACAGGCUGAGAGAGAAGAGGUUGAAAGACUGGUGGAAGUACUGAGGAGACUGAUGGAAGCACUGAGGAGACGGGUACCAGAAGAGGAAAGGGCAAGAGAGACCUGCGUCUGUAGCUGAUGCUUCUGAAAUCUUUGAGAAACAGAUGAAUAAACCACUGCAGAAAUAGAGAGGUGUUUAUAUAUUCCAUCCCACACUUGAUGGAGACAAAAAAAAGCCCAGAACCAUGCUUCUAGAAUCUUAGCUGAAGACUGUGUCAGCUGGGACUGACAACUGUCCAGCAGAAACAUCAGAAAGCAGUGAAUGAGUCACAACAGCUGGAAAUAAACGGUAACAUGUUUCAGUGAGAUGCACUGAAUCAGCAACCUCCAGGUACAGUAUUAUAUAUAAUUUUUUUUUUUUUAUAUACACGUGUAUAUACACUCACUGGCCACUUUAUUAGGUACACCUGUCCAUUAGUCGUUAACAUGCAUUUCUAAUCACAUGGAAGCAACUCGAUGCAUUUAUAGUCUAGAUUUCUGCUGCAACAUUCUGAUAGUAGGGUCAGAAUUUGGCAUCAACAACAUGAAAGCAUGGAUCCAUUCUGCCUUGUACCAUAAAUGUGGCAGCAGAAAUGGAGACUCAUCAGACCAGGCAACGU